UGGUCCCAGGACGAGGAGGGAGGGGUGAGAGUGGAGGCCAAGCUCCGUCUCUGCUGUCAAUCACUCGGUGUGGCCGAGGUGAAGGAGGGAGACAGAGAGUCACAGAUGAGCCGAGGAUCUGCCUGAUCGGACCCGAAUGAUGGGAAACCAGCUACAGUAAAGAAGAUUUAAUAGCCUGGGAGCAGACGAGGGUUCAGUCAUGCUUCUGUGUCCUUGUGUUGGGCAGCUGGUUUUACAUCACACAAACUCGGACCCAAAACCGUUGAGAUGGAUGAAAGUUUUUUUUUUUUUUUUUACCCACUGACAUCAAGUCUGUCAAGUACCAGAUUUGGACCAAUCCCAGGCUCUGCGGAUCCAUCAUCCUCUUCUCUGGGCGUUGGGUUACACUGUGAAAUGGCAGCUGCCUGCUGAGGCUCCGGUUACCUGUCCGUCAGCUGUUGAUGUGACGGCAGCACCUGCAGAGAGACGGUACAAGGUUCACAAAGUUUAUCGGUUCUGUGGAAGCGGCGACUCCUGAGGGGCGGAAUCCAGGACAGAGGUGCAGGAGGUGAGACAUAAAAGGACACAGGCCUGAAGCAAAGCUGCCAGAUCGAUCCAGUGGAGUGGAAAGGAACUCUGAGGAUGUAAAGAUCUGCUGGUCCUCACUGGGGCCUGAGGACAGCGAACCUCCGGCCAAGCUGGCGCUGAACAGUUGUUGACAAGUUGGAAGUGGACCCGUGAGUUGGGGGCAUGUAUGUCCUUUGCACCCUGGUGGUCCUGACCCUACACAGCCUCUUCAAGACCCGAAACACCAAGACCGUGGGGCUGGAACGCUGUUCAGAGAAGGGACAUGACACCGACGCUUGCUCCAAGACCCGAAGUCGCGGUUCAGCGAAGCUCUCGGACCACAGAGGACUGAUGAGCUGCAGACCCUGCGCCCGUGAUGACGGAACACGAGCUCAGCCGGUCCAGCGGUCCAGCGCUCUGCUCAGCCCGGCGGUCAUGUACAGCACAAGAAAGACCUGGGACCUCGGCCACGGCAGCUGCCUGCAGGAGCUCUGGAAGAAGGACGUGUCAUUGGACACGAGCUCAGUGGACUUUCUGAUGAGUGAUGAAGACGACAGCUCCUUCCUCUCCCUGCCCUCUGCCGUCUUCUCACCCCGUCCGUCUCUGAGCGCAGAGCGGACCCAAGUGAACGCACCCAGCCAGCAGCUGCUCAUCGAGGCUCUACAAGACAAAGUUUGCGAGUUUCAGGCUCGUCUGUGCUCUGAAGACAUCGCUCAUCACCUGCUGCUCCAGCACCUGCAGCAGCAGGACACACGCGGAGGAGGCGAGGUGACGCUGUCCGUGCCACCCGGCGGUGUGAGAGCAUCGGCGUCUGCAGGCGAGCGGCCUCCAGAUCGACUCAGCCGUCCAGGAGAAGAGCAGCUCGUCUCUCGGCUGCGCACACAGGUGGGGGAGCUGGAGGAGAAGCUGUUGGAUCAGACUCAGGAGGUGGAGAGACUUCGCUCUGAACUGGGGGCGACAGACCUGGAGAAGCAGCUGGAGCUGCUGUUGGUGGAGAACGAGCGUCUGAAGCAGGAGCUGAAGUCAUGCAGGAGCUCAGAGCUUCAGAAGCUCGACGCUGCAGAAGAGACCUGCAGCUGCAGCCACUGCCCGUACAGCCGGGAUGCAGAUUUCCUGCGCAGGGACGUGUCCCGAUGGGAGAACCAGGCCCGGCAGAGGGAGCGGCGCCUGGCUGAGCUGGAGCGGGAGCUCCUGGACAAAAGCUCCAGGGUGGAGACGCUCGACCGGCAGUUGAACGAGUCGAUGCACAUGCAGGAGGAGACGGAGCAGAAACUUGCCCUCCGGCUGCAGGAGUGUGAGGAGGAACUGGUCCGACGGGCAGCAGCUACUCCCACAGUCCAGACGGUGGAGGUGGAGUCGUCUGCGGCUGAGGUGCAGACCAAGAACGCCGUCCUUCAGGAGCAGCUGUCGGUGCAGAGGCAGCUGCUGCGGGAUCUGGAAACGCAGCUGCACGACUCUCAGAGGACGUGUGCGCAGCUCCGGACGCAGCUCCUCUCUGAUCGGGGCCGUCUGUGCCGCCUCCUCUCCAGAGCCUUCGCUGGGGGCUGCUCUGAGGUGGUGCACAGCUUGUCCAAGAUCCUGGUGUAUGAAGGAGAGAUGGCGCGGGCUCAGGGCCAGCUGGAGGUGGAGAUGCAGAACCUGGAGGAGGAGAAGAAUCGUGAGAUCGAGGAGGCGUUCAUCAGGGCUGAGAGCGAGAUGAAGGCCGUUCAUGAGAACCUGGCAGGAGUGAGGAUGAAGAUGCUGAGUCUGCAGCGGGCCCUCCGGACUCUCACCAGUGACUACAAGUGUCUGAAGAGCCAGGUGCAGGAUUUCCCCUUUUUGUUGGACAGGGCGAUCACUGAGGCAAAGCAGGAGAUCUGUGUGGUGAUCAGCGAGGUGAGCAGCACCAACCAGGAACUGCUGCGCAAAUACAAGCGAGAGAUGAACCUGAGGAAGAAAUGUCACGAUGAGCUUGUUCGACUCAAAGGUAACAUUCGUGUUUUCUGCCGCGUCCGUCCCGUCAGCCAGGAGGAGCAGGACUCCGCCGACGCCAAAGCCAUGCUGAGCUUCGACUCGGACGACGACGCCAUCCUCUACCUCUCCAACAAGGGCAAAAUCAUGACCUUUGAACUGGACAAAGUCUUCCCUCCUCAGGCCGGACAGGAAGAGGUGUUUCAGGAAGUCCAGUCACUGGUCACUUCGUGUAUCGAUGGCUACAAUGUCUGCAUCUUUGCCUAUGGACAGACCGGCUCUGGGAAAACCUACACCAUGGAGGGCGUGGCUGAGGACCCUGGCAUCAACCAGCGAGCUCUCCGCCUGCUAUUCUCAGAGGUGAUGGAGAAAGCUCCAGACUGGGACUACACGAUCAGCGUCAGCAUGGUGGAGAUCUACAAUGAGACACUGCGGGACCUGCUGGGAGAGAAUCCUACCGAUAAGCUGGACAUCAAGCUGAACCCUGAUGGCAGCGGACAGCUCUACGUUCCCGGGCUCACCAAUUUCACUGUGCAGAGUCCAGAGGACAUCAACAGGGUGUUUGAGGUGGGUCACGUGAACAGAGCGACGGCCUGCACCAACUUGAAUGAACACAGCUCUCGAUCUCACGCGCUGCUCAUCAUCAACGUGUCUGGAUUUAACACGGCUACAGGAAACCGCACACAAGGUAAACUGAACCUUGUGGACUUAGCCGGUUCAGAGAGGAUUGGUAAAUCCGGGGCAGAGGGGACUCGUCUCCGAGAGGCUCAGUGCAUCAACAAGUCUCUGUCAGCGCUGGGAGACGUCAUCAACGCGCUGCGGAGCAAACACUCCCACGUCCCGUUCAGAAACUCCAGACUCACCUACCUGCUGCAGGACUCCCUGAGCGGGGACAGCAAGACCCUGAUGAUGGUGCAGGUGUCUCCACUGCCUGUGAACAUGAGUGAGUCCGUCUGCUCCCUGAAGUUUGCUCAGCGCGUUCGAAGCGUCGAGUUGACUUCAUCCUCCAGGAGACACGAAAACUCGUCCACGUCGUCGUCACCCACACACGACAGCGUCGAGUUGGACUCUCCCCCGGUGACCCCGGUCCCUCUGCCCAUCUCUCGGGCCAGCAGCGCUGGCUCCACCCUGUCGUCUGCCUCCAGAACUCCCAGCAGCUCCCGGAGGAGGUCCCAGUCCCAGCUCUCUACAGGUCUCAAGUGUAAGAGUGAUGGAGGAUUUUCCCAGCAUCACCUGCUGUCAGCCUGCUCCUCUUCUUCCUCUGUGUCCUCAUUCUGUGGUCUGGUUGGUUGGUUUGCAGACAGGCAGGUAGACAGAGCCAGCCCAUUGGUGGGGGACGGUGGGCAGGACGACUGAAGCUGACGGCCUGAGCAACAAGGAGACGAAGCUGGACGCAGGAAGUCUGGACGACGGAACAAAGACUGAACCUUGAAGCAUCUUGACUUGCGUUUGUGUUCGUCUUGACCCAACGCAACUUCCUUACUCAACCUUUUUCAUCAGUAUAUGCUUUGCAAUCACAGUAUUUCCUUUAAUGGUUUGUAAAGUCACACUUAACUAAUUUUCUAACCCAUAAUUCCAGGAUGUGGUUGAUUAUGAAAUAUGCAUAAUUAAAUGUAAAUAUUUGUGUAGCGCUAAUCUUGUUUUUAUUGAGGUUUUAUUAAGAUAUUUUUGCUGGAGGAUGGAGCCGCAUGGAAACGGUCUGAGCCUAAUCUGCAGCUGAAAACUGAGAUUUGAAUCUGGCAUUUCUGUUGAUUGACCUCAUUUUGUCAUGGCUGUUUUCCAGCGGAGACUCGACCUGGUCUGUUUGUCCUCCAUCAUCCGUCACGGUGCUCAGAGCAGAACGAAGGCGUUGUUCAAAAACGAUUUUUCCUUCAGAUCAACGUGAACUGAACGUUCAAAACUUUCCUUGACUGUGUUUUCUCUGUAUUGUGCUGUUGUCUUGUUGCCGUGGUAACCACAGGUGACCGCUGACCUCAGGCAGAGCUGUAGCUGUAGAGAACAGGAUGAGCUGCUGUGUGUUGUUGAUCAUCUGCUUGCUUUGUUGCUGCUGUAGGUUUCUACAGUUUUUUUUCUAAUCCCAUUUUUAAUAAAUAUUCUUAAAAAACA